AAAUAAAUUUUUAUACAUAAUCAUAAUCAAUUAAUCUUUAAUACAAACCCAUUAUUUUCAAGCAGUCCCGCGCUAACCAUCAUCAUGCCACUCAUUUCUGGCAGAUAUUCUAUACUGAGCACUGCCUGUAUCCACUUGCUUCUUCUAUUCUGCGUGGCUGAAUAUGCAGAGUCAGGCAUGAUCGUCCAGACUUUGCCUGGCUUCUCAGGUGUUUUACCCUUCAAGCUCGAAACAGGGUAUGUGACAGUGAAUGAAUCAGAGCUAUUCUACCUCUUCUUUGAAUCACAAGGGAAGCCUAAACAAGAUCCUCUUUUGGUGUACUUGAUAGGUGGCCCUGGUUGUUCUGCUUUGAACGGAUUUUUCUUCCAAACUGGUCCACUACUUUUGAAUACAAGUGACUACUCUGGGGGCUUGCCACAAUUAUUUUACAAUGAAUACACAUGGACAAAGACGUCUAGUAUAAUAUUUUUAGAUGGUCCAGUUGGCACUGGUUAUUCCUAUGCAACCAGCUCUCAAGGUUACUAUACUUCAGACACAGAAUCAGUGGCACAAACCCAUGUCUUUUUAAGAAAGUGGCUGGCUGACCACCAAGAAUACGUAGAAAAUCAAUUCUUCAUUGCUAGUGAUUCAUAUUCUGGUAUAAUAACACCAGUCCUUGCUCAGGCAAUAAUAGAUGGAAAUGAAGCAGGACUCCAGCCAACAAUAAAUCUACAAGGAAUCGUGAGUGGAUCCCCACAUACCAAUUAUUCCCUUGAAGCAAACAGCAGAAUUCCCCUUGCUUACAGUUUGGCACUUAUCCCUCGCAAUCUUUAUGAGUCAGCCAAAAAUAGUUGCAAUGAGAAUUACCUGGUUGUGGAUUCCUCCAAUGCAGAAUGUUUAGAGGAUCUUGAAGAAAUCGAUGAGUGCAUUGAUCCGGUUAAUGAUGAAAACAUUUUGGACCCUAAGUGUGCUGAAUUAUUCCCAAAACCAGCUGAUGAUGAACAACAAGUUCGAAGAUCUCUCAUAGCACAUUCAAGAAAUCUCCGUUUUCCAUUUUUCAAAACCCAAGAUUAUUGGUGUCGGAAUUUCGAAUACAAGCUGAUUGACAUAUGGGCAAAUGACAAAAGCGUCCAAGAUGCUCUUCAUGUUCGAAGGGGGACUAUUAAACAAUGGUACAGGUGCAAUAAUUCUAUACCAGACAAUACAUACACAUAUAACAUUGGUAGUGCUGCUGAUUAUUAUAAAAAUCUUACCAACUAUGGCACUCAAGUUCUAAUUUACAGUGCUGAUCAUGAUUUGGUAGUUCCAUAUAUAUCUUCUCUAGAGUGGAUAGACUCUCUAAAUCUAAACGUAGACUAUGCUUGGAGGCCUUGGUUUGUUCAUGGUCAAGUUGCAGGGUAUACACUUAGAAAUGAAUAUCAUGGAUUCCGCUUGACAUUUGCAACUUUGAAGGGAGCAGGUCACUCUCCUACGCAGUACAAGCCUGUAGAAUGUUAUAACAUGUUUGAAAGGUGGAUCCAUUACUAUCCCCUGUAAGCCUGCAGCCCUGCAGCUGAGGAUGGGAUUAUAAUUUAUGGCAGUUCAUUUAAAAAUCAUAAUCAUACUGUAUACUGCAAUUAUCUGGUGCUGUAUUCAUGUACACAAUAACUUGAAAAUAUAUCAAGUAAUUCAAAUAAAAAGUUGAUGAAUUUUUUUUAA